UCAUUUCCUUGGGUCAGGUGGCCAUGCUCAGAAUACCUGCAGUGCGGGAUUACUUCAAAAUCGACAAGAUGGUGGAGCAUAAAAAAGACAACCUUCCAAUAAAGAAGAAAGGCUUCGUUAAGGGGAUGAAAGAAUCAUGGGAAAAUAUGAAAAUAACAAAAGAAAUUGAAGAGCGCCAACGUCUGGAUGAAAUCCGUUUUGCCAAAGCCGGCAAGGGUCCCUUAGUGAAGACAUUCAAAUAUGAUCCUACCAAACCACAACCUGCGACGGGAAACACAAGUACGAGUACGUCCACGGUACACGCGAAAAAGGCUUAAGUUAGUGUGCUAUUAGUUGUUACAGUUUAGUUUUACCAGUUGAACGCUUGAAAUGUAAAUUUUAAUAAAGAAAAGAUUGCGGCAAAUCGUCGCACGCCUUCAAGCUUUAAAA